UUCUAUUUUUUUCCUUCCAGAUGAUGUUGGUGGUGAUGGUGGUGAUGGUGGUGGGGCAGCGUAGCCAGGGCAGGACCUUCACUGGAGGACCAUUCACCUCCAGUCAUCGUCGUCAAGCAGGCUCAGGAUUCCUACGCUUCGACGACGACUUCGAUGACUUCGACGACUUCUUCGACAAUGACCGAGACGACUCCAUUGAAGACCUGUAUGAUGACUUAUAUGAUGACGACCCAAGUGACCGGGCGGAGGCCAGGGCUGCCCUCACCCGGCUCAGGGCCUCCGGUGCCAUCAACGGUAACGCCUUCAGGAACAACAGGUUCAUAGCUAACAGAACAACCAAGACACAACACAAGACACAACACAAGACUCAACACAAGACUCAACCAAGACCAUCACAAGAACACCAAGGACACACACAAGAAUUACACGGACUCAACACAGGACACAACACAACGACACAACACAAGGACUCACACAGACACAACAAGCAGAAACUAACACAAGACUCAACACAAGACAUCAACAAAGACACAACACAAGACUCAACACAACAUCUCAACCAAGACACUAACAGAGCACACAACACAAGGGACAAACAAAGACCUUAA